AUGGUGAUUCGACGGGCGACGAGCGGGACGUCGGUGGGGGGGGGGGUGUUUUUUGGAAGAGGACACGGGGGGGGGGAGGUGGACGGAUGCGAAUUCGCCGAGUGCGACGCGGCGGCGGGUGGGGGGGUGUUCGUCGCGAGUGGCGACGGUGCGGGACGGGUGACGUUUAGAAAUGUGACGUUUACGAAGAAUCGAGCGACGGGAUCGCCGCCGGCGCGCGGAGGUGGGGCGUUCGUGACGUCGACUUCGGCCAAGGUGAUUUUUGAGUCGUGCGCGUUCGCGGAGAACGUCGCGGAGAACGGGAUCGGUGGGGGGGUGUACGGACGCGGUGGACACGUCAUCGUGAACGGCUGUUCGUUCCGCGCCAACGUUGCCGCGAGUGGGGGCGGGGUGGCGUUCGAGGGUGGAGGUGUGGUGUCAUCGAGCGCGUUUUUGGCAAACGUCGCGACGAAGCGCUCGGGCGGCGGCGCGCACGUCGUCGCCGAGACGGACGUCGUCGGCGCGACCGUGAGCGCGGCCGUGCAGAGAUCUUCGUUCGUGAAUAACUCAGCCGUGAGCGCGGGUGGUGGCGUGUUCGUGUACGGACGCGUUCGCAUGCUCGCAAACUCAUUCUCGACAAACGCGCUCGACGUGAGUGCGCCCGCCGGGCUCAAUCCAAAUUAUUACGUGUGCACGAACAGCUCCGCGACGGGGUGCUCGAUGGCGCCCACGCUGGCGAAUUACAUAUACGAUCCCGCGCAGUACGAUCCGUUCGAGCAACAGAGCUCUUUCGCGGCGGUGACAUGA